AUGCUUCUAGCUGAUACAAGGGUAAGAUGGGAACAACUAAAAGAAGGACGCCAAACUUACUUCCUCACAGGCACAGAUGAGCACGGAUUGAAGAUUCAGGGAGUUGCCGAGAAGCAAAACAUUCCUCCCAAAGAAUUGGUGGACAACGUUUCGCAGAAUUUCAAGCAUCUCGCCCAGAGAAUGAAGAUCGAGUACCUGAGGUUCAUCAGAACUACAGAUGCUGACCACGUGGAAGCAGUGGGACACUUCUGGAACAUCAUGAUGGAUAAGGGGCUCAUAUACAAGGGGAAACAUAGUGGGUGGUACUGCGUCAGUGAUGAGGCUUUCUAUCCUGAGUCUCAGACUGAAGAGAUCACCAAGGAUGGAAAGACCAUCAGAAUCUCCAAAGAAACUGGAAACGAGGUUUUUUACCAGGAAGAAGAAAACUAUUUCUUUCGUUUAUCAGCCUACCAGGAGGAUCUUAUACGCUACAUAGAAGAGACGCCCGAUUUCAUUCAACCAGAGCCAAGAAGGAAGCAGAUUUUAGAGGAGUUACGAGAGGGCCAAUUACAAGAUCUUUCAGUUUCUCGUCACACUUCCAGGCUCCAAUGGGGUAUUGAAGUUCCCAACGACCCAAAUCAAAAGGUCUAUGUGUGGUUUGAUGCCCUCUUGAACUACUUGACCGCAGCAGGAUACCCGAAAGCAGACACAACAGCUUUGGAAAACAUCUGGCCCGCUCAUCACGUCAUUGGCAAAGAUAUCAUGAGAUUCCAUUGUAUAUAUUGGCCAAUUUUUCUCAUGGCUGCUGGAAUCCAACUUCCAAAGACGAUCUUUGUGCAUUCCCACUGGUUGUGUGACGGGAAAAAGAUGAGUAAGAGCAUUGGAAAUGUUGUUGAUCCUUAUGCCAUGGCUGACCACUAUGGCGUUGAUCCAUUGCGUUUCUUCUUGAUGGAGCAGUCUAACAUUAAUACGGACAGCAACUUCAGCGAGAGUGGAUUCUUUCAUCACAGAGCGAUGCUUUUGAACAAAUUCGCCAAUUUGACCUCCAGAGUUUGUGCUCCAAACUUCGAGAUCUCCCGUGGCUUGCAACAGGCAGAGGCGGGCGAGUUUGACAAGAUUGACGAGUUGUUGAGGAAAGACAAUGUGACCAAUCUGGACAAGGAAAAGGUCAUUCUGUUACGAGACGAGCUCGUGAAAAGCAUUGACAGCCUUCAACAAACAAUGGACGAUUCGUUGGCGCUGUUUGAUCAUAUGAAGGCAUUGAAGGAGUGGUGGAGAGUGGUGGACUCGACAAAUGAGUUCUUCCAAGCAACCGAGCCAUGGCUGUACAACAAGCAUGUGGGAGACGGCCCUUCACCGGAGCGAACUAUCCGGAAUUACUUGUUGUUCUUAGCGACGGAGGGUAUCAGAGUAACGACGCUUUGUGCUCAACCAUACAUGCCUGACUUGACCGAGAAGAUUCUUGGCCGGCUAGGAGUUGAUAAGGAUAAGAGAACAUUAGACCACGCUAAGAUAGGUGCCGAUUUGACGUAUGGAGACGGUUCUAAUCGCAAGUAUGAAGAGAAGUUGAUGCACAAGGUGAAGCCACGGGAGGGUGCCAAAGACUAG